AUGGCAGCAACACGCCUUGUGCUUGCGCCAUUAGGCGGCAUCUUUGUGGCUACCUCGCUGCUCUACACCUUCCGACACACGAUCGCUGUGCGCACGCACGACACCGCCGUAGCGCUCAACCGCAUCCAACUGCAGCUCAACGACAUUGACCCGGACAACUGGGACAAGGAGGGCAAGCAGCGCGUCUCGCGCGAGCAGCUCAAGCCCGCAUACGUCGCGCCCGUGCGUCCGACGGUCACCGAGGAGAUCAAGGCUCGAUGGAACGAACAUCUCAUUGGUGCGGUCAGCACGCUGGCGAACGCCGACUACUACGAGCUGUUUUCCAACGGGAUUGUUUCGGCCAAGAACAUGGUGACCAAGCUGGGAUCGUCGGAAAGCGCGAAUGCAUCCGUGGGCGCGCCGUUGCAAGCGCAGGUUGCAGCGACAGGUGGCAUCAAAACGGGCGUCAUCAACACGCAGGGCGUCUCGCUGCGCGACGAGUCCAGCGCCGCCGCCGCCGCACGCGAUGCUGUGCGCGGACCAGGAAGCAGCUUCGGCUCGCGCAUCGCCCGUGCCGUCGGCCUCGAUGCCGGCAAGGUAGAAAAGGUGGUCGAGGCGAAAACAGGACCAGGCCUCGGAAAGGUCGGCGAUGGUUCGGUGGGCAGAACCUUCUACCUCGGCGAGGGAACCAGUUUGCGUUAG